AUGGCCGCACCCGACUUCAGCGAAUGCACCAUCUUCAGUCCUCGUCACGACGUCUACCCUCUCAUCGACCCUCAACCGGCCUUUGCUUCUCAAUCAUACAAAGAUCAAGUGGUCAUCGUCACCGGCGGCUCCUCCGGCAUCGGGUUCGCCACAGCUCUCAUGUACGCCCGCGCGGGCGCCCGUGUCGUCGUCAAUGCCCGCAACGCGUCUAAGCUCGAGGCAAAGAAGGCUGAGAUUGAAGAGAGGGUCAAGGGAGCGAGGGUCGUAGCCGCCGCCGGCGAUAUCAGUGACGCCGAGGUCGGGAAGAAGACCGUGAAGGCUGCGGUAGACGCUUGGGGCAGGGUGGACAUUGUCAUCGCCAACUCUGCCAUCCUUCAGGGCGGCGCACGUAUCCAUGAGCUAGAUGUGGCGAAGUGGUGGUACAGUCUAGAAGUCAACGUCCGGGGUGUACUGAACAUCGUCCACGCGGCCAUUCCAGAGCUCCUCAAGACCAAAGGUCAAAUCGUUGUAUCGUCUUCAGACCUCGCGCAUGCGCGCUUCCCGCUCCUCGCGGACAUGUCGCUCAGCAAACACACGACCAAUCGCUUCGUCGAGAUCCUCGCGCUCGAUUACCCCGAGUUGAAGAUGUACUCUGUGCACCCUGGAGAGAUCAUGACCGAAGGCGCGGAAGUUGUGCAGACGAAUCUCGGUAUCAAAGGCCAGGUGAAUAUGCCGGAUACGGUCGAGCUCGCUGCUGCGACCUAUAUGUGGCUUACCGGGAGGAAUGCCGAGUUUCUCAACGGAAGAUAUCUGCAGGCAACGUGGGAUCUGGGCGAGGUGCUCGCGAAGAAGGAUGAGAUUGUGAAGGAUAACUUGCUCGUUACGAAGUUGGCGGGCCCGAGUCGGAAGUAG